AUGGGCAUGCAGGGACGCCUCACCUUCCUCCUCCUUCUCCUCCUCAGCCUCCGUGCCCCAGGGACUUUCGUCAGAGCAGCAGUUCUGCCUGACCUGCCACGCAUAGUGGCCGUGAGUGAGGACGCAGUGCCAGGCACCCGCGUGGCUGAGGUGACCGUGUCCUGCAGUAAUGCAAGCGGCAGCCCCAAUGUCACCUUGCACAGCAUCGAGCCCAGCCACCCCUUCAACCCCAUUGCCAUCAGCACUGACCCUGCGGCCGCCACCACAUUUCAUGCAGAGGUGACACUGCGUGCUGGUGCAGAGCUUGAUGCCCACCGAGUGAACCAGUACACCCUGACCCUGCGAGCUGCUUGUCCUGAUGAGGAUGAGGUGGAAGAGCGGCUCUUUGUCCGGGUGACGAUGGGGCAGGUGCUGCACUGUGACACUCCCUUUGCCAGUGCAGAGGGAGACAUGGUGCAGGUGCCGGCAGAUGUGGCACCCUGGAUGCCCCUGUAUGCGGUGAUGCCACAGCGACUUGGUGGGCUGAUGUACAGGCUCCGAAACCACAACACACCACUCACACUCACCCGCCAGGGCCUGGUGCUUGCACCUGCCAGUGGCUUUGAUCCCAGCAAGGACACCCAGACGUUCAGGCUGGAGAUUGAGGUAAUGGACCGGCAUGGGCACAACUGCAGCGGGGCAGUGAAGGUGGAGGUGCUGCCAUCACGCCAUCCCCGUGUCACUUUCCUCGAGCAGCAGCGAGCUGUGAUGGUGCCAGCAGGCAUUGGCCCCUUGGAGGUGGUCACGCAGGUCUAUGCCAGUGGUGAUAAUGUCCGUUACACCAUCCUUUCUCCCACGGCACCCACACUCUUCACCAUUGAUGAGGUGACGGGUGAGAUCCGUAGCACCGGCCAGCUGGAGGUGGCCCAUGCACGCCUCCUCAUCCAGGCUUACAAUGUGCUGCACCCCGCCGACCACGCCACCACCGUGCUCAAUGUCACUGUGCAGGGGACGGACCGGUGGGCACCAAGCUGCAUCCCAGCCAUCUUUGUGUCCCAGGUGCUCGAGACGGUGUCCCCCGGCAGCACUCUGGUGACACUAAGGUGCACCGACUCCACCAGCACCGAAGGGCAUUUGCACUAUGCCCUGGAGGGGCCCCCCUCCUCCCGCUCCCACUUCCACCUGGAGGGGCCACAGCUGCAGGUCAACACCACCCUGGACUACGACUCAGAGGCCACAGCCGCUGUGGGCUUUCAGUUCACAGCCACCAUCGUGGUGACAGCGGGAGGGCGGCCCCCACGGAGCACCCGCGUGCCCGUGCUUGUGACGGUGACGCCCGUCAACGAAUUCACACCGGCGUGCCCCAACGGUACCACCUUCACCGUGCCAGAGACAGCAGCUUUCGGUCGUGUUGUGGGGCACGUGGUUGGCACUGACCGCGACUACCCACCAGACAGCCUUGAGUACAGCCUGGAUGGGGGUCCCAGCCCUGCGCAGCCCUUCUCCAUUGACACACGCACCGGUGAGAUCCGCGUGGUGGGACCCCUCGACUCCCAGCAGCACAAGAGCUACAGGCUGACAGUGCGGCUGACAGACACCCACAAUGACCUGGACCCAGCAAAGCGGCGGAGCUGCCUGUGCAACGUGGUUGUGCACCUGCAGGCUGUGCCAGACCAGGUGCCAGUGUGCACCCCUGAGGUGCAGGAGCUGCGAAUCACAGCCGGGUCCGGGGACCGCCAGCCUGUCACCCGCCUGGCGUGCCAGGUCAGCCCUGACAGCGCGGCGCUGACGUACACCAUUGCUGGAGGCAAUGAGGAUGGGCGCUUUCGGCUAGAGACAAACACAGUCUUCUACCUCCCCAAUGACCCAGCUGAGCUGCGCACCUUUGUGCUGCUUGUGGAGGUGUGGGGCAGCCCUGGUGGUCCCCGCCACAGCACUGUGGUGGCACUGGUGGUGCACGUCACACCCCGGAGCACCCCAGUGCCACCCAGCACCACCACCCAGCACAAGAUUCUGUGGAAGGAGCCACUGGUUGUCACACGGCUGGAGGCAGUGUGGCACCCACCAGUCUGGUUUGUGGCUGUGCUGACGGUCUCUGGUGCCCUGCUGCUGGCCAUCCUGGGCUGCAUUGCCCGGAGCCUGCUGUGCAGCAACCGAGACCCUGGCAAGCUGCUCCUGGGCAAGAGCUCUGGUGAUGUAGCAGAGCAGAAGGGGGACGAGGAGGAGCAGGGCUGCCCCCAUGCCGGCAGCUUGGGGCAGUUCGAUGGCCGUGCCCAGGACCCACGCACUGGCAGGGACUACCUCUUCAACAGCAUGACUGGGGCACGGCGCUGGAUCUGAGUAGCUUUACUUGGUGAGGGGCUCUCUGCGAUGCACAGCUCCCUGUGGGCCAUGCCAGGCAGAGCACCUGGUGCUGCCCUCAGGCCUGGGAGGAGGAGGGGAUCCUUCCUCCAUGGCCAAAGCCACCACCCACAGCGUGCAGCCAGCCCUUGAGCUGCCCCAACCAACACAGACCCA